CCCACAGCACCAGGGAAAGGUGCCACUAAGAGCCUCCCCUGGCACAGGUGCUAAGAGCCAGCGAGCACCGGAAGCUCCUACCUUCUGAGCAACAGCGUGGUCACUUCUAGUCCCAACCGCAUCCCGCCGGCCUGCCCUCAUCAUGAACCGGUUCCAGGGCUGGCUGAGAGAAGGCAAGCUCCAGGAGAAGGGGCAGCUUGAGGUCAUCAGAGAGACCCGCAGACAGCUGAAGGAGCACAAGCGCCUCUACCUGGCCACGCGCCGCCUGCUGCUGCUGGGUGAUAAUGAAUCUGGCAGAAGCACCAUUUUCAAGCAGGCCAAGAUCUUGGCCGGGAAGGCUUUGGAUGGGGAGCGCGAGCAAGCCACCGCCGUGCAGAACAUCAGGAGCAACCUCAAGGCAGACAUUGAAACCGUCGUGGCCGCGGUGAGGCGCCGGCCGCCCCACUUGGCGCUGGACAACCCUGAGAACCAGCUCAGCCUAGACUACAUCGUGAGCGCCAGCGCACAGCGCGACUUCAGCUUCCCACCCGAGUUCUAUGAGCACGCCAGGGCGCUGUGGGAGGACGCGGGGGUGCGCGACUGCUGUGAGCGCGCCAGGCUGUGCGGGCUGAUGGACUGCUCCGGGUACUUUCUGGACAAGAUCGAUGUCAUCAAGCAGCCUGACUAUGAGCCCACCAACCAGGACCUCCUCCACUGCCGCGUCCACACUCCUGGAGUCUUUGAGACCAAGUUCCAAGUGGACCAGGUGAGGUUUCACCUCUUCUAUCCAGAAGGUCUGUACUACAGCAGCCAGGUAUGGGCAGAGUAUGUGGAUCAUCUGAGCGCCAUCGUCUUCGUGUUGGACAGCAGCAGCUAUGACCUGAACUUCUCGGGGACCAACAAACUUCAGGAGGCCUUGAACAGCUUCAGGUCCGUCUGGCGCACAUGCCCCAGCUCCCUCUGUGUGCUUCUGUUCCUCAACAAGCAAGAUCUGCUGGCCGAGAAAGUGCUUGCUGGCAAGUCCAAGAUCGAAGACCACUUUCCAGAGUUUGCUCACUACACUCCUCCUCAAGACGCUACUCCCGAGCCCGGAGAGGACCCACGCGUCACCCGGGCCAAGUACUUCAUCCGCGACAAGUUUCUCAGCAUCAGCAGGGCGUGUGGCAGCGAAGACUUCCGCUGCUCUGCUCACUUCACCUGUGCUGUGGACGCUGAGAACUUGAGGAGAGUGUUCAGCCAGUGCGCCAGCCUGGUCUAG